AUGAAUAUUUUUGAUUUAAAAGAAUUUAUGCAAAGUGAAGGGAGAAAUAUUAGAAAUCCGUAUUUGGAAUUGAGUCGCCGCAUUCCUAAAUUCACUGCUGAGCAAAUAAGUCAUCGGUGGAAUUAUAAACUUAACCCUCGCAGAACGAAGGAGGAAAGAGGUGCAUUUAUCAAUGAGUUAAAAACAAUUCCAAAACGUCCGAAAAAAUUUAAAUGUCAAACUGCCAAAAGUUAUUUGAAAAAAAAUUCCAUAAGAUCCGCGCUGUCAAUCGGAUCCAAGGAGUGUGGACCACAUAUCAAAAGACUUUUAAACCGUCGUGUCAAUAACCCGAAAUUCCUGGCACAAGUAUCAUUGACUUUUGGUCCUCAUCAAGAUGUUCAACAAUCUUGUAUUACUACCACUAUCGUCUUACCUAAUAUUACUCAUUUCACCUUUUGGUACUACUACUACCACCAUCAUUGUCUCACCUCGUCCUCUUUUACCAACGUUAAUUCCUAA